AUGCAUCGAGUUCCGGCUAAAGGCCUCUUAUUAUCUUAUUCAAAUGUAUCGAUCUUUCUUUCUAUCUCACUCUGUUCAUAUCUAUCUAUCUAUCUAUCUAUCUAUCUAUCUAUCUAUCUAUCUCAUUUCUUUCAUAUAUAUCUAUUUAUCUCAUUUCUUUCAUAUCUAUCUAUCUAUCUAUCUAUCUAUCUAUCUAUCUAUCUAAGUUCAAAUGUAUCGAUAUUUCUUUUUAUCUCACUCUGUUCAUAUUUAUCUAUCUCAUUUCUUUCAUAUCUAUCUAUCUAUCUAUCUAUCUAUCUAUCUAUCUAUCUAUAUAUAUAUAUAUAUAUAUAUAUAUAUAUAUAUAAGUUCAAAUGUAUCGAUCUUUCUUUCUAUCUCACUCUGUUCAUAUAUAUCUAUCUAUCUAUCUAUCUCAUUUUUUUCAUAUCUAUCUAUCUAUCUAUCUAUCUAACUAUCAAAUUAUCUAACUUCAAAUGUAUCGGUCUUUCUUUCUAUCUCACUCUGUUCAUAUCUAUCUAUCUAUCUCAUUUCUUUCAUAUCUAUCUAUCUAUCUAUCUAUCUAUCUAUCUAAGUUCAAAUGUAUCGAUCUUUCUUUCUAUCUCACUGUUCAUAUCUAUCUAUCUCAUUUCUUUCAUAUCUAUCUAUUUAUCUAUCUAUGUUCAAACGUAUCGGUCUUUCUUUCUAUCUCACUCUGUUCAUAUCUAUCUCAUUUUCUUUAAUAUCUAUCUAUCUAUCUAUCUAUCUAUCUAUCUAUCUAUCUAUUCAUAUUUGCCUAGUUUUUCCCUCUGUCGAAUUCUCGGUAUAUUUAUAACUACUGCUAGCUACCUGCUUCCUCAUCGUGGCUAUCUAUUCCGGUUCUAA